AUGGCUUUCUUCGACAUUCUCAAAUGCACCGCAUUGUAUACGUUCUACUCCGUCACCUUCUUUGCCAUCGGCGUCUUCAGCUACCGACUCCUCCUCCAUCCUUUGCGAGGAUAUCCCGGGCCCUUCGUGGCCAAAAUUAGUGACGCUCACAAUGGCUUUUUCGCCAUAAAUAAGCGUCUGCAUAUCGUUACACGAGAAGACCAUAUUAAAUAUGGCUCGGUUAUGCGUCAUGGACCCAACAAGCUCGUUUUCAACACAGUUCAGGCACUUCACGACAUCUAUGGCAAUGAAAGAUUCAUCAAGUCCCAUAUCUACAACGCAACGACACAGACACCUGGCGUUUACAACACGUUCAACGUCAUAGAUAAGGACGCUCAUCGUUCCAAAUUGAAAAUUGUCGGCAAGGUGGUCAAUGAGCGGGGAAUGCGAUUUUUCGAGCCGACAAUGCAAGAGCAAAUCAAUAUAUUUCUUAGGACGCUUGGGGAAUCUAGCAGUGAGUCCAGCGCCAGUCCAGUCAAUAUGACAGACAACAUCCGGAAUUUAGCAUGCGACAUCAUUGGUCUUCUUGCCUUUGGCUAUCCGUUGGAACUUCAAACGACGGCGACGAAUCAUUUCAUGGUCAAAGGGAUGGCUCUUGCGAACUGGUUAGUGAAUACCCGCAUGCAGUGGUUUCGAAUCCAGCAGUCCAGAAUCAACGAUCUUCUUAUCCUUCUUGACACCGGCGUUCGAGAGCAGUACAAGCGCCUAUUGGAGAGAAUGAUUAAGGGCCGGUUAAGCGAAGAUAAGCAUAUUCGACAUGAUUUGUACUCGAUUGCUUCUGAAGCCAACGAAGACCUGGCCAACCCUGGAGGCAGCAUCCGUCUGAGUGAUAUAUGGGCAGAAGCAGCCGCAUUCUUCCCAGCAGGUGCUUUUUCUACGUCGGGAGCUCUUAGUGCCCUCUUUUUCUACUUGGUGCGAUAUCCGGAAUGUUACGAUAGAUUGGCUUCGGAAAUUCGCAGCACUUUCUCCAACAGAGCUGAAAUCAAGAGUGGUCCACAACUCUCAAGUUGUCUCUAUCUCCGCGCUUGCAUCGAUGAAUCUUUGAGAAUCUCGCCUCCGGUGCCGGGAACGCUGUGGCGGGAACGUGCAAGCUCUGAUAAUGACCCCAGACCAAUUAUAGUUGAAGGUCAUGAGAUACCGAAGGGCAUACAUGUCGGUGUGAACAGCUACGCCCUCCACCACAACGACGCCUACUUCCCCGAGCCAUUCAGAUUUAUGCCUGAACGGUGGCUACCGUCAGAGUCAUCGGAGGAGCAGCGAAAGAUCAUGAACGCCGCUUUUAGCCCUUUCUCAAUCGGCUAUCGCACAUGUGCCGGAAAGUCAAUGGCAUAUCUGGAAAGUAGCCUUGUAAUAGCUUUAACACUUUGGUAUUUCGAUUUUGAAGCUGCCCCUGGAAAGCUCGCCAUGGUAGGUGGAGGUACACCAGGAAGUUUAGAUGGCAGGGCACAUACGAACGAGUACCAGCUGUACGACACCUUUAAUGGGGCGCAUGAUGGGCCAUAUUUGGUGUUCCGACCCCGCGAAGACUACAUCAAAGAUUUUCGUCUAAGAGGGCAGGGUUCUUCAUAA